AUGCAACGGCUUCAAUCAGCUAGGACAGCAAUAGAGGAAGGAGACCCCAUUGCUGCAUCGCAGUUAACAGGGGGAGGAGGAGGAGGUGGAGGAGGAGGUAGUGCUGGAGGUGGUGCUCGUUCCGCUCCUGCAAGAUCUCCUGCAAUGGCCAGAGCACGUGCGCAAGCUGCAGCACGUGCACGGAGUAGGACUGCGGAUGGUCAAACACGAGGUGAGUUCCCCCUUUUGCUUUUUUUGCAUAAAGAAACUCCGUGGGUGAAGCCUUUGAUGUAAAC